AUGACUCUACUCAGCCUUGUUCUUGUCUUGUGCAUUGCAGCAGCGUCUACACUAGUCACUGGCUCUCCGUACGAACCAAGUCCGCGUAUGUGUAUGAUUUAUUGUCAAUACGGUUUUCGACAUGACUCCAAUGGACACUUGAUGUGCGUAUGUAAAGGAAGUCCAUGUGACGAUGAUGAAACUCCACUGGCAGACUACUUUUGCGGACGUGGUCCCAGUCGUCGUGAAUGUCCAUCAACACAUCAAUGUACCAUUGCGCCAAACGAUGCUUAUGCUGUCUGUUGUCCUCGUGCUCAGCAACCACCUGAACGUAAUCCAAAUAAGUCAGGUCUUUGUCCGCCAUCAUUAGGUCCCAGCCGUAUUUGUAUUUCUCUAUGUAAUGAUGAUAGUGAGUGUGGAGAUGAACUAAAAUGUUGUGGUGGAUGUCGUCGUCAGUGUACAAAGCCUAUCUUUGUAGACUGA